AUCAUCCUCCACCAUGAAGCUCCUGAUCUUCAUCUCCGCCUUCUUGGCUAGUGCAUCUGCUGCCCGCCUGGGUUACUCUCAGCCGACGCCCAGUGGUCCCUCGCUUUCCGUGGGCGGCCUUGAUCAGUCGCCUCCCUCUGCCCCGCUCUCAGACAACCGCUUCACUCAGCCUACACCAGAUAACAUCGCGCUCCCAGCCAACGGAUAUAGCCAGUCCACACCCAUCGCUACUACUAUUCCAGAGGGUGGGUUCACGCCAUCUGACUCUUUCGACAGUGGAUUCAGCCAACCUGCAUCAGUCGGUGUCUCCCUCCCCGAGAUUGGAUUUGGCCAGCCCUCUCAUAAUGGCCAGACUCUUCAGGAAAGCAGCUUUGGACAACAAGCUGGUGGUCUAACUACUCCUGCAGGCGGUUGCAGAGAUGGAGAAGUCUUGCAUGUUGACGGAACCUGCGUUGUUCCUGAAAUUACUCGCAAGGUCUUUCUCUACAGCAUCCCCGAGGGCGCUCAGCAGUUCAGCGGACCACCACCUAGCAUUCCACCACCAAAGGUCGAGCACAACAUCCUCUUUGUCCGUCUUCCUGAAGGAGGUGUAGGUCCAGAACCUAUUAUUGUACCUCCACCAAGGCAGAACAACAUUGUCUACGUCCUCAAUAAGAUGAAUGGUCAAGAUCAGCGUGUCAUCGAAGUACCAGCUCCUCCGUCCUCCGACCCUGAGGUUUAUUUCGUUUCGUACGGCGAGGGCGAAAACCCAACUCUCCCCGGCGGCAUCGACCUUCAGACUGCUCUUGGCUCAGCUGUCUCCGCCGCAGGACAAAUCGUCGCCAGUACCGGAGACUUUGACGCCACUGGUGUCUCCAGUACCUCUGGAUUCGACGGAAUCUCUGGAACAGUUGACUUCGAUGUCAAUCAAGAAAGUGUUAAUUUCGAUGGUUCCUUAGGAACUAGGAACGAUGCUGAUGGUGUGUAUACUACUGAUAGUGUAAAUAGUGGUUUCACCAAUGGUGACGGCGGAUUUAACGCAGGGGGACAAGGUCUGACUGGAAUUUCAGGCAACAGUUUCGAAUUCUCAGGUGAUCACGCAGCCACUACUAACACAAACGGUGGAUUCGCUGGCAAUGCCGGCGGUUUCUCGAACAACAAUGGUAUCACAAGUAGCAACGCAAACGGUAAUAACGAUUAUUCUGGCAACAACCGUGGUUUCUCUAACAACAGUGGUUUCACUGGCAACAACCGUGGUGUCUCCAACAGCAACGGUGGUUUCUCAAACAACGGUGGUUUUUCCAAUAACGGUGGCUUCUCCAACAACGGUGGCUUCUCUAACAACAACGGUGGUUUCUCCAGCAACAGCAACGGUGGUUCUUCCAAUGGUGAAUUCUCCAAUACAGCAAGUGGAGUCUUGAAUAACAACGUUGGAUUCUCAAGUACUACGGGUGGAUUCUCCGCCAACACCAACAGCCACCCUGAAUUUUCGGGAAACAACGAUAAUAUCGGUGGAUUCUUGGGGAAUAACCGUGGCUUCACCGAAAACAGCGGUUCCUUCUCCGGGAACAACAAUGGAUUCCAAAGCAACAACGGCGGAUUCUCUGGAAGCCAGCCCUCAGGCAACAACGGAGGAUUGGUAAACGGAAAUGGUUUUAACGGUAAUAACCGUAUCGUUUCCGGAGCUCUAACGGCCUCUAACUCUGUCUCUGCCCCUUUGUCCCUUUACUCAAGUCCCUAAGGUAACUUGGUGGCUAUUGCUUGAGAAUCAACCUGCGAACCAUGGAAAACGCUUCGAAAAAAUACCGAACCUUAACUAACCUUAAUUUAAUAUGCAGUAUUUAACAUUUUCGUUUCAUUUUGUCUAGUCAAAUAAGAAAAAAAUAUUUGUAGAGAAUUCCAA